GUGUGUGUGUGUGUGCGUGCGUGUGUGUGUGUGUGUGCGUGCGUGCACCCGCGCAUGUUCUUGAUGGGCCCGAUUUUGGGGAAUGUUUUACCUAUUAGAUUGGUAUUAUAGAUACAGGGAGCAGUAGUAUUCCCUGCCUUGUGCCCUUUGCUUCUGGGAUAGGCUCUGGACCCCCGCAACCCCCCUAUUGAGGGUGGAUGGAUGGUAUUAAAGACACCUGGUGGGCAUUUUGUGUAUUGUUAUUUUUCUGAAGUUUCUGAAGCUUUUUAUUCGCCAUUGGUGGCCAGUGACAGUGACUCACUUGAACGUAUUUAAGGAGUGAAGGACUCUUGUCCGUAUUAGCGUGUGACAGCCUGUGUUCUGGCCACAGCUGCUGGUUUCCUCCUGAAAUCCAGCAUGUGGAAUUUGGGUUCACCUGAUGGUGAUAAUGCACAAAAUGAACAAUCCAGUAAAUCAGUUUACCCGAAUCACCUGAUAUUGAAAGAUAACAUCAGUUUAUCUGUUUACCCAAAGUACUUUUACUCAGCUGCUGUGAAAAUUGAGUUUUCCUUUUGAGUGUCUAUUGCUGUUCAUAUGGACUUAGAUUAUUAAUGUAUUACUUUGGCAGUAUUAAUUCAUUUUUUUGGAUGGGAGGUGCGUUUAGUGUACAGAUACUACGUCCAGGUGUGAUUGGCCACAUCGGGGCCCCCGCAUGGGUCACCCGGCUUUUCAUGCUGUGUCGCCAUAGAAACGGCCCCGCGGUUGGCCGCGAGGAUGAGGUCACCGCUUCCCAAUCCGGCCCGUUGGCACUAUUGCGUCUCCGUCUGCCCUGGACGCCACGUGGGCCCAAGCGUGACAGACAAGACAGGAAGUUGGUGGCGAGGGGGAUGGGGGGAGUUGGGUGGGACGGUCCCACCGCAUCAUGAACUGAUGGAAGCCCCGCCCCUUAAGCCAGCACGGGACCCAACGAAAAAAAAAAUCUGUUUAAAUCAGCCUGACGGAAUGACUUCACAUUCCUGUAAUCCAGUUCCUGUCGUCCAGAGCAGGAACACGCCUCGCUGCACGGUGAUAGUGCUGGGAUCCGAGCUCCAAGGUCACCCAGCGGGAUGGGUGAUGUUUUUGAGGCUGUUGGAGCUGAGGAACCCGUGCUGUCCCUUCUGCCUUCUGGAAAAAAAGCGGCACGUUUGCCCCGCAGCCGUGCAUCUGCUGCGAGCAUGCAUCUACGAGGCUCACCUCCCCGUAACAGCCCUGGGUACGAGCCUCUCGCAUGUCCUUCACCGACUGACUGUGACUUUGCUGCCCCCUGGUGACCAAGACGGAGAUGGCCACUCUGACCCCUCUGAGGUGAUCGUAUUUUUUUUCCCCCUUCACUUUCCUUUCAUCUCCGUCUUCUGUUAGCAUCUUCUUCCUAGGCAUGCUGGACCGGAUGAAGGUGACGGGCACGUAUCUGGAGGGGAAAAAAAAACUGUCCUUUGGGGUGAGGUAGUAGGUUGUAUAGUUUCAGGGUUUUACCCUUCCUGUCAAAUAACUAUACAACUUACUGUCUUUCCUGGAGUGGCUGUGAUGUCAUCGCUCGAAGAUCACGCUCACGAGGACUCGCCCACUAUACAUGUGUCGCUUGUUGUUUCCAUGACGUGUUUACCGGGAUCUCGGAUGGGAGAGCUUGCUGGAUGCCCUUUGCCCAAAACUCCAGCCCGGUCUCUCCUCCUGAUGUUCGCACAGGGUGAGGUAGUAGGUUGUGUGGUUUCAGGGUAGUGAUUUUGCCCCCAUCAGAAGAUAACUACACAACCUACUGCCUUCCCUGAAGGACAGCGAUGCAGCUCGAGACAGCAAGCAUGCCCCCGUAGAUCGGUAACGACAGCGUUGGUGAAUGGGAAAUGUAAACAGAGACAGACUGACAUUACUAAAUAAUAUACGGUAAGGAAACUGAGAAUGGAAAUGCUACAUUUACACCUAUGUAAAUUCUGAAAGGGUGAUGAGACAAUUAAAAAUUUAUUAAAAACAG